CCAGAUCUCAAUCUAAAAGCUCCAAAGAUAAAGGGUGGAAUUGAUGCACCUGAUAUGGACUUACCAGACAUGGAUCUUAAAGCUCCCAAAUUAGAUAUGAACACUCCAGAUAUCAACACUGGCACACCAAAAGGGAAGCUGAAAAUGCCAAAACUGAAAAUGUCUAAGAGUAAUCUACCAAAUCUUAAAGGACCUGAGUUUGAUGGCACUUUUGACGGCUCCAACAUUGACCUCAGGGCACCAAAUGCCAAUUUCAAAGGUUCCAAAACUGGCUUAGAAAUGCCUGAUGUUGAUUUUGGUAGCCCAUCAGGAAAGUUAAAAUCUCCAAAUUUAAAAUUACCUGAUGUCGGAUUUUCUCGACCAAAAUUAGAUGGGCCAGACUUCGAACAAAAUUUGAAAGUCAAAGGUCCAAAAGUGAAAGGUGGACUUGAUGCACCUAAUCUACCUUCAUCAAAUAUAGACUUUAAAGGUUCUAAAAAUGGCUUUGAAUUCCCUGAUGUUGACUUUGGUAGCCCUUCGGGGAAAUUUAAAACACCGCAUUUGAAAAUGCUUGAUUUGGGAUUUUCUGCACCAAAAACAGAUCUCCCAAAGGUUGACCUCAAUUCACCAGAUGUCAGAGCUAAAGUACCAAAAGGCCCAAAUUUGAAAUUAAAUUCAAAUCUAAAAACUCCAGAUCUGAAUCUCAAAGCUCCAAAGAUGAAAGGUGGACUUGAUGUGACUAAGGUAGACUUACCAAACAUGGAUCUCAAAGCUCCCAACUUGGAAAUGGACACUGCAGAUGUUGACAUUGGUUUGCCUGAGGCAACUUUAGAUGUUACUGGUGCAAAAGGAAAAUUUAAAACCCCAAGUUUAAAUACACCAGAUCUCAGUAUCUCUGGACCACAGGCAAAAACACCACAUAUGAGACUUUCUGCACCUGGCGUUAGUAUGUCAGAUUUCAAUUUACCUGAUGCCAAUUUCAAGAGUCCCAAGCUCAAUACAAAACACCCUGAUGUAGGGAUUAAUGGUAACAUGGGACAACCUAGGAUGGACUUUAAUGGCCCUCAGUUAAGAGGCAUAAGAGGUCCAGAUGUUGACACAAAUAUUCCCUUAGGAAACAUCCAUGGCCCUCAUGCUGAUCUUGAUUUAGACAGAAAAUUAAAACAACCAUAUUUCAAGCCACCUCAAUUUAGAAGCCCAGAUUUACAUCAAGCAUCUGAUAUUGACUUUGGUGGAGCUUUGAGACCAACAAAUCUUGAUAUUAAUCCUCCAAAUGGAAAACUGAAUAUGAAACAACCCCAGAUGAAGGGACAUAUAUCAAGCCCAAGGGUUAGUGCUCCAAACAUGAACCUCAACAUGCCCAAAGUUGCAAUGCACCCUCCACAGCAGCAUCUGAGAUCUCCAGGUCUUAGUAUUGAUGAUCCUUCAUUGUAUUUUCAAACACCUUCACAUAAACAUCACACACAAGAUAUGUCAAAUCUCACCAUGAAACUUCCUGACCUGGACAUAGAUGGUGAUAUCAGACUUCGUAAUACUGAUAGAAGGUCCCAUAGAACCAAAGUAAGAUCCAGCUUCCCUGGAAUGGAUGGCGUUUUCCACCAACAUAUUGAUUUAAAUCAUUCAGAUCUCAAUAUUGACGACUUUACAGGAAAACAUCAUGUGCUUAGAGCUAGAGGUUCCAACCUUAAUCUCCAGGCUCCACACAGCCAUGGACACGCAAUCUCCCCAUCUGGAGUUAACACUGGCAUGAGGGACCCCAGAAGAAUCCCAUCUGGCCAUAUCAAACACAAUACACGUUUGCCACAAUUUUCUCCAGAUUCAAGAAUGAGAGCAUCUAACACUUCAGAUGGAUACUAUGUGACUGUUUUUCCCAAUCAAGCACAAAAUCAAAAGAGGCCAAAUCGUAAAUAUAACACACUUGGAGGGCUUGACUUUCAUCCAGGAAACUUGGACCUUGAAGUUCCCAAUGAACAUGACCUAAGAGGGUCAACGUUCUUUUUCUCCAACCUUGUAUAGCUUUCAAAGGACUUGUGUUUCCAUUUUUAAUGUGCUUUUUGUACUGUAGUUAUGUUUUAUGUGUGUGUGUGCUUGUGUGUGUGUGUGUGCGUGUGUGUGUGUGUGUGUGUGUGUGUAUAUAUAUAUCGUGGCUUUGCAAUGAUGUUACCUAGAUUACAGUGCAGCAUUAUUGCUCUUAUUUUAUUAAAUGUAGUAGAACUGCUUUUUGUAUCAUAAAUGUUUUUAUAUUUUUUAACAGUUAUUAUUUACAUUUUCUCUAACUAUUAUAUUAAAGGAAUAAAGGAAAUAUGUGGACUUGUGGGGUCCUAUAGGGUACUUUUACAAGAUUAAAUGAAUACAUUUUCUUUAGAUACUAUAUUUUAAAUACUAUCUGUUGAAUUGCACAGUAUUCAAAGUUGUGUAUAUAUAUUAUCAUUCUGGUUCUUUUGGAUGUUCAUUGUGUCUAUUAUACAUGUGUAUAUACUGGAGUUUAUUAAAAACCAUUCUUAUUUCAACCAAA